AUGGCCUGUGAGUGCUGCUGCGGGCUAGUGAAGCUUCUGGCAGGGGUGGAUGUCAGGUUUUUGCUUGGGCUUCGGAAACACAAGUGGCCCAUCAACGAGUGGGAUGCGCAGUAUGAAGAAGAUGCCGUCGAUCCGGAGAUUGAAAUCUUGGACGCACACCAUCACUUGUUCGACUUCAAGACCCACGACAAAGGAUUGCCUGUUCCAAAGUGGAUCGUCAAGCUCUCGUACCUGCAGUACGACGCAGACUCGAUGGAAAACCAGAUGCAGGAUCCGAAGCUCAUCCACUCUUUCGGCGCUCGCCUGAACAUGCUCACCCCGUACAUGGGGGAGGAGCUCAUGAAAGACAUCGAGGGGAAUGGCAGAGGUCACAAGGUGGUAGGCACCAUCUACAUGGAGUGCGGCUGGAAGACCCCUGGUGUAGAGGAGUGUAUGGAGCCAGUCGGUGAGGCCGCAAUGGUCUCGGAGGUUCAUGCGAAGUACCCGCUGCUGUGCAAGGGAAUGGUUUGCUUUGCCGACCUUCGGCUGGGCAAGGCUGUGGAGCCUGCUCUGAUCCACUACAAGAAGAACCCUUUGGUGAAAGGUAUCCGCCACGGCCUUGCAUACACUGGCCACCCGCUCAUGUCUGAUGCAGCGCACUGCGAUGCGAACACCGCGUCCGACCCAAAAUUCCGCGAGGGCUUCAGCCUGCUCGCAAAGUGCCCUGGAAUCUUUGUUAAUAGGAGGAGACCUAUCUUGGCUGAAGGGUUUCGGUAG